AGCUGGCACAGCGGCAGCACCAGCUCGUUGCCUUCUCCUCCAGACUGUGGCGGGUCAGUUCUGCAUCGGCGCUGGGCAGGAAGAGGAAGAGGAGGAGGAGGAAGUGACUUUUGGAUGCUCACGAUCACCUCAGCUCUCGGGGUGGCCUGUCGGUGAGGGUGAUGGGGGCACACGCUGCUUUCGGGGGUCCUGACCUGUCGGUCUGGGAGGGAGCCCCAAAUCGUGCCGGAGGAAUGGCGGGACUCGGUGCAGACGCCGCUACCCUUGAGCCCUCGUGGCACCGGUGCUGAAGGCCGCGUCCUGCCCUGGAGCAGCACCCACAGCCUGCACCCAGCCCGGAGGGGACCCAGCGGGUGUCGGUAAGGGGGUGCCUGCCUUAUGGCUGCCCCCAUGGAGCCAGCAGCAGGCGAGGGAGCAGAGCCUGGCCCACAGCCGGUGCAGGCAGCAGGGGAAUGCUGUGCUGGGCAGCAAAGUGAGACUGAGGGCUUGAGGGGUCCCCAGGACCUACCCCAGCUCUGCGGAGAGGCUCCCACCGCUGCCUGGGGACUCUGCAACCCGCCGCCGGUGCAGGAUGCAAUGGAGCCUCUCCUGCCCAGGCACGUUGAGCCGCCUGCCCACGCUGCCACCCUGCCUGCGGGGCAUGACCCUCCUGCUGCUGCCAGCCCCAUCCUGCCGCAUGGGGAGAGCCCAGCAUCGUGGAGGGGUUCCCCCAGUCUGGAAGGUGCCUCCAGCUCCAUCCUGAGCCUCUCCAUUGAGGAAAAGCAGACACUGAGCGAUGAGGCGGCGGCAGCGGAGCCGUGCCACUUGCCGGCGGGUGGCGAGGAUGAGUGCCCCAUCUGCACAGAGCCCUACGACGAGCAGCGGCACAAACCGGCGCUGCUCAACUGCAACCACGGGCUGUGCCGCGCCUGCCUGCGCGCCAUCAUGGACACAGCUGCCAGCGCCGAGUUCGGCCGCGUGCGCUGCCCCAUCUGCCGCCAGAAGACGCCCAUGCUGGAGUGGGAGAUCUGCAAGCUGCAGGAGGAGCUGCUCCUGCUGCACGCCCAGCCCGGCUCCCCGGGGACCCUGGUCAGCCCCCGGCCCCCUGCCCUGCCACCGCGGCGCCCGGGCCUCGCCGGCGCCCUGGAGCAUCGCUUCCACGUGCGCUUCCACACCAGCCGCAUGUUUGGGUGCCUGCCCUGCAUCCGCUACCCAGCCUGCCUCAUCCGUGCGCUGGCGCGGCUCGAGCGCCGCUGCCGCUGCUGCUACCUCCUGCUGCUGGGGUUGCUGCUGGUGGCAGAGAUGCUCAGCCUGCUCCUCAUCUUCCUCCCCGUCCUCCUGAUGGUGCUGCUCUUCCUCAUCCUCGACAAAUAAGCCUCCGUGGGCCAUGCAAGGGGAGAAGAGGAGCACUGCUCCCGCUUCGCCCCUGGGGUGAGGAUGCCAGGGUGGGAGCACGCCUGUGAACCUGGAUGCCCGGGAUACCCUGCGCUGCCAGUGAGCCCAGGGCGGUUGAGGCAGCAGAGGAGGUGGAGUGGGCAGCCAAGGGAGGUGAUCCUGGAGCUGGCCAUUGCCUGCGUCCCACCACGCACCAGGUGACACAACACUGCAGCAGUGAAGGGGCGGAUGGAGCAGGAGGGCACAUAGUUGGCAUGGGCUGGGAACCAGAGGGGCUCUGCGGGCAGAGCAGGGCUGUCCCCCAUGGGGGCUGUGCCAGGGGCUGCACUGCCUGUGUUGGGACAGAUGGACUGGGCUUCCCCAGCAUGGACUGGAAAUACAAGUGGCAUUUGUGUCAUG